AUGUUGAGCACGCUGUUUAGCGGCAGCGCUAGCGAAGCCAAUACGACUGCGACUGGGAAUAUGAGUGGAAGGGCGAGCACAAGUACAGGUACAGGCACCACAGGCACCCGUGCCAACCUCGCGAGUGCCGCUGCCGAGGCCCCGCCAGGGCGCAGCACAGGCAUCACAUCGAACCCGACCGGGCCCAAGCUGAACCUGGACGGGGCAUCGCCCAACCCUGCAUGCCCUGCUCCUGCUCCUGCUGCUGCUGGUGGUGCUGCUGCUGCUGCGCACCCACAAUCCCAGUCCCUGUUGGGCCCAGGUCUAGGUUCGGGCUCAUGCUCAGGCUCAGGCUCAGACUCAUCAUCACGCCCUGCAGGCCCAGUUCCUGGACUCGCUGCACCUACACCCGCACCCGCACCCGCACUUGCUCCUACGACUACGACCGCGACCUGGACUGCAGGGCCGCCGCCCCCCAGCGAUAACAAUUUCUCUGGUUAUCGUGCAUCGUCUGCACUUCCUCCCGCCCCUGCUGCCACUACCACUCCUCCUCCCACUAUUCCCACCACAACCUCCACCUCCGCUGGCUUGACUUCUCCCGCCGCGACCGCCUCUGCUUCCGUCACUGCCUCUGCACCCCAUUCGCCCGCCACCAACUGCUUCAAUCAGCAAGAUUGUUUAUCCUCUGCUUCGCCCUCCCCUCAGCCUGCUACUCCGAAGUCGCCUUUCUCGAGUCGCGCAUUCCCAUACCCACCCCCGUCCACGCCCGCCUCCAAGCCGUUUAGUAUUUCUAGCGGCUCCGUCGGUCGCGACCUCGCCUCCUUGUCGCCUGCCUCACGAUCCCGCUCCCAACUGACCGCCAGCCUCCUGGUUGACUCAGCGCCUGCCGUGAGGGUUGCCGACAGCGACGGCGACAUCGACCUCCACGACUUCGAAUUCGACGACUUCCUGGAGCCCGCCGAGCCCCUCGUUGCUCCCGUGCCCUCCAAGACAACCCCCGCUGAAUCCGCCACCAUGACAACCGGUCCUUUCGACUCGGCCAUGGGCCGCAGUCGACAGGACUCCUUCGUCGGUGCGAAGCCCAUCUCCAUGAACAUCCAGAACCCCAACCGCGACCAGGGCAGCCGGCCCCGGCGCGAGUCUCUCGCUGGCAGCCUCAUGGCCGGCAGCCUAAUGGGCGGCAUGAGCUGGGGAGGCAUCUCCGUCGGCAGCUUCAUCCGCGACGAGGUCCUGACGGGCACUUCACCGUUCGUCACCUUCGGGCAAUCGCCCUCGCUCCAGUCGACGUCGUACCUUCCAAAGCUCGAACAAAACUUUAUGAGAGACUUCAGGUGCUGCGACCGGACAUGGCCCACCUUGCACGACCUCCUACAGCACUACGAGGAGAACCACCAUGGAAAUCCGAGCAUGCAGAUGAGCAGUCCCCCCGGCGCAAGCCUGAACAAGCAGGGGCUGUUCCCCAUACAGGGCAGCUCGCGCCAGCCCAACAGCCGCCCCAUGCAGUCCAACACGUCCAUGCCCUCCGGACAAAACGGACUGUCGGGGAUGGGAAUGCAGAUGACAGGACAGAUGGGCCAGCAAAAUCGACAGUUUGGUGGCAUGUCCGGCACGGGCUUGAACAUGGGUGGCAUAUCUUCCAUGAUGCAACAGCAAAGGUCCACACCAGGCACGCCCAGCCAGAGCCAAAUGUCCAUGAACGACGAGAUGGAUGCCGUCGGCGACAUGGAAAUGGAUGAGAUGAUGGAUGUCGACAACAGCCAAAGCACAAUGCAGCAGACACGACAGAUGUUUGGCCAACAACAGAGGCCACAGUUGCACCUGAACAGUUCCGGCCUUGGCGGCUUUGGCCAACAAGGGCUCCGUACGUCUACACCGACGACUCCAGCAGCCGCAGGCUUUGGAUUCCAGAACAACCCCACAGUGUCCUCGGUGAACACGCCAACGCUGGGCACGCAACCCUAUCGUGGCCAGUUUCAGCAAGACACGUCGAACCUGGAGACUCCGACGGCCGACUUGAUGGACGACGACAUGUCUGGGCUGCCAAAGAUGAACCUGGGCAACAUGAACUUUAACACUGGACUCGGCGGGCUGAACACGUCACAAUUUGGCAUGGGCUUCGGGAACGGGAACGGAAACAACAUGAACUUCGGGACCAUCUCCGACCCUGGCAAGCAGCUCUUCAGCCCCGGCGGUGGUUCGUUGACUCCAGAGCAGCAGAACAUGCAACAGCAAUUUGCGCAAUUCGGCAUUGAUGUCAGCACGCUGCCCCCUGGGACAGAUCCGGCGACCCUGUUGCAGCAACUGGCACCCCUAGCCAUUCAAGAAGAGCACAAGCCCUUCAAGUGCCCAGUCAUUGGAUGCGAGAAGGCAUACAAGAACCAGAACGGCCUCAAGUAUCACAAGACUCAUGGCCACUCCACGCAGCAACUACAUGAGAACGGCGACGGUACUUUCUCGAUCGUCAACCCGGAGACCAGCGCACCCUAUCCCGGGACGUUAGGCAUGGAGAAGGAGAAGCCAUUCAAGUGCGACGUUUGCGGGAAGCGCUACAAGAACUUGAACGGAUUGAAAUAUCACAAAGCCCACUCGCCUCCCUGCGACCCUGAUGUGGUGGCCAGACAGCAGAACGCCAUGGCCACACUUGCCGCCCUUAGUACAGGCAACCCGAUGGCCAUGAACAUUGCCAACAUCGCUAACCUCGGCCACGGCCUUCCCAACAUCGGGGAGGAGCAGCCUCAAUGA